CGCCAUUCCAUACAACCACAGCCCAACACAACAACAACAGCAGCAACAGUUGUUAUUUGUUUUCGUACCUUUUUCUUCUCUCGUCAAUUUGCCUACUUAAAUGGCAUCUGGUUCUACGCUUUCUCUUCUCUUUCAUUGCUAAAAAAUCCAAACCAAACGCCAACCAGGAAAAAAGGGAAAGCAAUGUCUUCGGUGGUGGAGUUAGCAGCAUCUAAAGAAAGCCAUGAGGAGGGUAACAAUGAACGGUUAGGUAUGCUUAACAUGGAUCCGACGGUUGCCAAUAAUUUGUCACUCUCUGCUGAUACUCUCCUCAAAGCUGCCAUAGCUCUGAAGGACCAGGUAGUGGAAGUCACGUGGAAAGAAGGUGGUGGUAGUUGUGCCGGGUCGGGAAUGGACCCGACUGUGAACACGGGUCUGCUGGGGACAGCUUUCACAUGCUUGAGAUCGUAUGAGGUGACGGGCAACCAGCAAGACUUGCUCUUGUCCGCUAAGAUCGUUGACACCUGCGCCUCUGUCGCACGUGCCUCCACCAGACACGUGACAUUUUUGUGUGGUAGAGGAGGGGUGUAUUCACUCGGAGCCGUGGUGGCUAAUUACAUGGGGGACCGUCAAAGGCUUAACUUCUUUCUAAAUCAAUUCCUUGAGGUAGCACAAGAAAGAGCCCUUCCGGUAGGACCUGAAGAAGGAGGUUUUGGAAUGUCAUAUGAUCUUCUUUAUGGGCGAGCUGGAUUCUUAUGGGCUGCUUUGUUCUUAAACAAGCAUCUUGGGAAAGAGACGGUGCCCAGCGAUGUUCUUAUGCCAAUUAUCGAUGCCAUAUUAGCUGGGGGCAGGACAGGGGCUUCUGAUCACCCAGCCUGCCCGCUUAUGUACAGAUGGCAUGGGACAAGGUAUUGGGGUGCAGCCAAUGGUCUUGCGGGAAUCUUGCACGUGCUACUGCACUUCCCUCUUUCUGAAAACGACGCUGAGGAUGUCAAAGGAACUUUAAGAUACAUGAUGAGUAACAGGUUCCCUCAUAGUGGAAAUUACCCCUCAAGUGAAGGGAACCCAAGGGACAAGUUGGUGCAGUGGUCUCAUGGUGCAACUAGCAUGGCAAUCACCCUAGCCAAGGCAUCACAGGUGUAUCCAAGUGAAAGAGAAUUCCGUGAUGCUGCUAUAGAAGCAGGGGAGGUUGUAUGGAAGAAUGGGUUAGUGAAGAAGGUGGGACUAGCUGAUGGUGUUGCUGGAAAUGCUUAUGCUUUCCUUUCCCUUUAUCGCCUUACAGGAGAGACCAUAUAUGAAGAAAGGGCAAAGGCGUUUGCAAGCUUCUUGUAUCAUAAUGCACGGAAGCUUGUAAAUGUGGGGCAUGCCUGUGGAGCUGAUCAUGCCUACUCCCUUUUCCAAGGACUUGCUGGGACAGCUUGCCUCUGGUUCGAUCUGCUUGAACCCCAGAACUCUAAGUUCCCAGGAUUUGAGCUCUAAGUGAAGAUGAAGGGAGUUAAAUCAUUAUGACUAUGAAGGGUAACUCGAAACUUGUAUAUAAGUGUAUAACUUAUUGAGCUACGGUAAUGGCAACAUAUCUUAAAAUUGUCAAUCGAGGGUUUAAUUACCUGGGCUUAUGUGAUUA